GAAGCCACCCGGAGCGCGGACCGACCCCCCGCCCGGCCACUUGAGCGGGCGGGCGGGCGCGCGAGCGCGCACCUACGCACCUACGCACGCACGCACGCACACCGGCCCCCUCCCCGCCCCUCUGGUGCGCCAGCUACGAGGCGCGCGGUCACGUGGGCCCAUCCCUGGACGGCUGGCGCGGGAAGCCGCGCGAGAGCGGGCCGCGGGGUGCGUGAGCCGGCGCCGCCGCCGCCGCCGCCGCCGCGUGACGUACGCGGCGCGUGAGCCGCCCCUCCCGCACGGAGGAGUCAGGCGGCCGCCCGCCGCGGCGGCCUCUGGAGCCACAAUGGACACAGCUAGCCAUAGCCUUGUCCUUCUGCAGCAGCUGAACAUGCAGCGAGAAUUUGGUUUUCUGUGUGAUUGCACAGUUGCUAUUGGAGAUGUCUACUUCAAAGCCCACAGAGCAGUCCUUGCUGCUUUUUCUAACUAUUUCAAGAUGAUAUUUAUUCACCAAACAAGUGAAUGCAUAAAAAUACAACCAACUGACAUCCAACCUGACAUAUUCAGCUAUUUGUUGCACAUUAUGUACACGGGGAAAGGGCCAAAACAGAUUGUGGAUCAUAGUCGUUUGGAGGAAGGGAUUCGAUUUCUUCACGCCGACUACCUUUCUCACAUUGCGACUGAAAUGAAUCAAGUGUUCUCACCAGAGACUGUGCAGUCCUCAAAUUUAUAUGGCAUUCAGAUCUCAACGACCCAGAAAACAGCUGUCAAACAAGGGCUGGAGGUCAAGGAAGCUCCUUCCAAUAACAAUGGAAAUAGAGCUGCUGUCCAGGGUGACCACCCCCAGUUGCAGCUCUCUCUUGCUAUUGGGCUGGAUGAUGGCACUGCAGACCAGCAGAGGGCCCAUCCUGCUGCCCAGGCCUUGGAGGAGCACCAGAAGCCCCCCGUGUCCAUCAAGCAGGAGAGAUGUGACCCAGAAUCUGUGAUUUCCCAGAGCCAUCCCUCACCCUCUUCAGAGGUGACAGGCCCUUCUUGCACUGAAAGCGGUAUCAAAACACACCUAUGCCAUUACUGUGGGGAACGUUUUGAUUCCCGUAGUAAUCUAAGACAGCAUCUCCAUACCCACGUGUCUGGAUCCCUCCCAUUUGGUGUCCCUGCUUCCAUUCUGGAAAGUAACGACCUUGGUGAAGUGCAUCCACUUAAUGAAAGUAGCGAGGCUCUCGAAUGCCGCAGGCUUAGCUCCUUCAUUGUCAAGGAUAAUGAGCAGCAGCCUGACCACUCACACCGGGGUGCCACAGAGCCUUUGCAGAUCAGUCAAGUGUCUUUGAUCUCCAAAGACACUGAGCCAGUAGAAUUAAACUGUAAUUUUUCUUUUUCAAGGAAAAGAAAAAUCAGCUGUACUAUCUGUGGUCAUAAAUUUCUCCGAAAGAGCCAAUUACUGGAGCACAUGUAUACACACAAAGGUAAAUCUUACAGAUAUAACCGAUGCCAAAGGUUUGGUAAUACAUUAGCCCAGAGAUUUCAGCCAUAUUGUGACAGCUGGUCUGACAUCCCCCUGAAAAGUUCUCGCUUGUCGCAAGAACAGUUAGACUCAUCUUGUGCCUUAGAGUCAGAACUCACACAAGAAAAUGUGGAUACUAUCCUGGUUGAGUAGCAGUUUCUCCUUCAGGAUUUUUGUAUCAGUUCUGAAAAAGAAAACUCACAUACUUCUUUUAAUUCAUAAAUUAUUUUUCUCCUCAAGUUCUAUUGACUUUUUCUUUACCAUUUAUCCAUAGUUUUAAGGUUGUAUGUAUUAGAUCUUCUUAUUGUAAGAUAUA